GGCGGGAGCCGAGCCCGAGCGGACCGAGCCGCGGCCGCAGCCGGGCGGCGGGCGCAGAGGCGGCGGCGCCGGCGGUGCGGGCAGUUAGUCGUCGGCGGCGGCGGCGGCGAUGCGGCGGCCCCGCUGAGCCCGCUAGCUCCGGACGCCUGAGGCCAGCCGCGCAAGGCGGCCCGGGCCGGGCGGGAGCAUGCGGAGCGGCGAGGAGCUGGACGGCUUCGAGGGCGAGGCCUCGAGCACCUCCAUGAUCUCGGGCGCCAGCAGUCCGUACCAGCCCACCACCGAGCCGGUGAGCCAGCGCCGCGGGCUGGCUGGCCUGCGCUGCGACCCGGACUACCUGCGCGGCGCGUUUGGCUGCCUCAAGGUCGCCCAAGUGAUUUUGGCCCUGAUCGCGUUCAUCUGCAUAGAGACCAUCAUGGAGUGCUCCCCGUGUGAAGGCCUCUACUUUUUUGAGUUUGUGAGCUGCAGUGCGUUUGUGGUGACUGGAGUCUUGCUGAUUCUGUUCAGUCUCAACCUUCACAUGAGGAUCCCCCAGAUCAACUGGAACCUGACAGAUUUGGUCAACACUGGACUCAGCACUUUCUUUUUCUUUAUUGCUUCCAUUGUACUGGCUGCUUUAAACCACAAAACCGGAGCUGAAAUUGCUGCCGUGAUAUUUGGCUUCUUGGCAACCGCGGCGCACGCGGUGAGCGCGUUCCUGGCCGCGCAGAAGUGGAGAGUCAGCCUCCGCCAGCAGAGCGCCAGUGACUACAUCCGCGCCCGCACGGAGUCCAGAGACGUGGACAGCCGGCCCGAGAUCCAGCGCCUGGACACGUGAGGACGCGCCAGAGUCCUCUUCCCUCUGCUCCUCGUGCCCGUCCUUUCAAUCAAGUUUUUCUGUCCCUCAUCACGUCAGAUUUUCAUGUGACUAAGUUGAAUUUUGUCCUCCUCGGUAAAAGUUCAUUUUGGGAAAGGGUUUUCACAGUGGCCCUCGUGGCGGGUGCCUGAGGCAGGGAGUCCCGUGCCCAGCUGUUCAGAAAGAGGUGGGCGGGACAGGUCCCCAGAUCCUCUGGUUUGGUGGCCGUGGGAGCCGCUGGCCUCACAGGCUGCCAUGUCCACUUCACUGUCCCUGAGCACAGGCUUCACGUCUGACUCUGAGCCACCUGUCAUAUGUAUUUGUGACAAGUCAGGACUUUGGAUUAAAUGGGGGCUGCUAGGAGUGGGGGGCGGAAAUCAAGGAAUGAAGGUACAUGGUUGGAACAGUCGGUGAGCAGUGAUUCCGGGGCAGCUCCCAUAGCUGCCCCAGGUCAGCUUUAGUCUCGCUGCCAGGAUCCCCCUCUCCCCGUUGUUUUCCAUGCCCGGGGCAUCGAGACACCAGCACAAGCCUGGAAAGCCACGUGAGACACUGAGGGUCUUGGCGGUGGGUGUGCUGGCGGAGCUUUUCGCUGGGUCUGGGGUUUGAGGCGGGUGGGAAAAGCUGGCAUCCUCUUGGCACAGCGCCGCGGCACUGCUGACCUGUGGGAGGGUCACCAUUUGUUUCCUACCCUGCUGAGAAAUCCCUUGAUGCUUCCUCAAAUGAAUCACCUCCCUGAAUCUCAGAUUCUCCUCCAGGAAUGUGGGGACCAUCUUUUUUCCAGUUUCCUCCCUUUCCUGAAUACUUUGAGGCUGGACUGCAGAUUCUCUGUCAUUUUACCUUCCCAGGUAAAAGCCAUGAAAGAAAUACAGUCCAUUCCCCCAGCCCGAAACCUUGCCCAUUUGCUGGCAUCAUGGACCACAGGUGGGGACACACCUCUGUUUUAGGGGUGUGCACUGAUUUUCAAAUGCCUGAGAAGAGUUCUAGAGUGAUUCUGAGUAGAUCUGUCUAGGAUUUGAAAAUACUUGAAUCUGCACCAUGACACACCCUUUCACUGAUGUUUCAGAGGAACGGUCGUCCCUGUGCCUCAGGGUCGUAACCAUGAAUGUCGAUCUUGGAAUCUGUAGGGGAAAGUUCCAGUUAUGUAAGGUUUUGAACUGAUUCUCGAUAAAGUGACGAUUAUUGUGGUGACUGAGUUAAAUGAGCCCCUACGAUGCUGUAGUUUUUUAUUUUUUUUCUGUUGGAGACUAAUUGUAUCUUUUAUGGAAAAAUUGUUUUAACGUGUCAGGUUUUCACUCUGAACUGUUUUUAAUGUUUACAAACCUCACUCUAGCUCUAAUAUUUUGUGUUUCUCCCUGACCGAGGAAAAAAACGCUUACUGCUGGUGGGAAGAUUUUGCAUUAACGUGGAGAGUCCCCAGGAUCUUGUCCUAGUGAGUGUUUACAGCUUCAGCAGCGUGCGGUGUAACGAGAGAGAGGGUCUGGGUCUGGGGGUGGGGCGAGCAGAGCCUGUGUGAGAAGUGUCCAGCUGUGCACACACGGCAUCACGUUCUGCAGAGCAGAGCAGCGUCUGAUUUCCCUGCGUGGGUGGAUUGAUCAGGUAGCGCUGCUUGCCUGGGGAUUCCGCAGGAAACGGUACUGUGCUGUCUCUGAAGGGUCGGGGUUAGGGCUCCCUGAACUGAACAUCCCAUACAAUCCCAGUUCUGCCGCAGUUCCUUUCCAGGGCCGUGACCCAGGUCACCUGUUCAAACCCCUGGUCUGCUCAGGGGCCUUGGGCUGCAGGUGCAGACCCAGCUCAUCAGGCGGUAAUUCCCCUCCCUCUGUUCCCGCAGAGGGCAGCCAGGCCUGGUCACAGCGGGUCUGACGGAGCCCUCUUCCCGUGGAUGUUGUGAGGCCGUACAAACCAUGCUUCACAAACUCCAUACCUAUUAUGUGUAGUGAUUUUUGAGGAGAUUAUGACAUCUGGAUUUUAUCUGUUCAUUUUAUAUAUUUAUUUUGCAUUUGUUGAGUGUAUAUGCUUAGUCAAAAUGGGGCUUCUCUCCCUUUGAGAGUUCCAUUUAAAAACAGGGUCACAAAGACUCAGCCUUGCAUUAAAUGGGGCCCACUUAGAAGGACCACCCUGAACUGUAUCAGAAACCUCCUGCUGGGACUCAUGUUACUUGGCCUCAAUAAAAAAGCCGCCUUUGAAGUGAGAUUGAAAAAUAGAAGACUGUUCAGGCAGGGUUGUUGCCCCAAUUUUCCCAAGUCACUUCAGUAAAACCAGUUUAUCAUCUGGUUGAAAGGAGCCUAUUGGCCUCCUGAGGAUGUGUUGUCAGCUGCAAGGAACGGUUCUGAAGCCCAUCGCAGUUGUAAACGCUGAUAGAUGAUAAAAAGUGGUGACACCUUGUGCCAUAGGCCACUUAGGAAUUAUUGAAUAAUUUGCAUCUUAGUGUUAGAAUCUUGGAAUUAUUUAUUCCCCUGUAACUAUUUAAUGUCCUUUGUGCCAUGAGACUCUCCCAUGGUUUUUGUAAAUAUAUUUCUUUAUAUUUAAUAAGCUCCCACUACAACCAGAAGUGGCCAGGUAUGCAAAUUGGUGUGAUGCAGAGUCAUAAGUCCUGUCACGCGUGGCAGUGUGGUGAGAAGGAAGGAAUAUGGUUGUCCAGUGUGAAUGGAAAGACGCCUGCAUUUUCCGUAUGUUGUCUGUGUGUACAAACAAGACAAUCUAGAUUUGGGGGGCUUAAAAGGACUGUUUUUUGCAGACUGAAGGAAGCUUAUUUUUGCAUUUAAUAGUUCCAAUAUGGACCCAUGUCAGUUUGGUUUGGGGCAUUUUUGAGGCUGAGGCAAUCUUAGUGUUUCUCAGUUUUCUGGUGGGAUGAUAUUGGCUUUCAUAGUUGGUGCCAGACUUGUGUAUGUUUGAAUUUGUUCCUGGAGACUGGAUGGUUGAAACCCUCAAGCAUUUGGUGGAAACUCUGGUGGUUUUAGAUGGAUGCAAACACUGACGUCUUCAGAGAAAGUUUAUCCUGGCAUCAAUUUGGUCGAUGCGGUAUUUUUUCUUUUCUCUGAUUCUCCUUUAGCCUCCCUUCACACUGCUGAAGGCACGGGGUGGGGCGGGGGGAAGUACCUUUUCCCUUUCAUACAGGGAGAUUCUAAUCACGAGAGCCUAAAGAUACUUGUUGGCUCCAUAUAAAGCCAGGGAAAGACAAAGCCAGUUACAGAUUAAAAUCUCACAACAGAAGUUCGAUUUAAAGCAAAGAAAAUAGAUUUUCACUCUACAGCAACAGUCGUCCAAGAGAUUCCCUUUGUCCACAGAAAGGCAAGAAUGUAGUAGCCUGCCCAGUCCCAAUGGCCAUGUCUUCCAUGGCAACUUGAACCAAGAUGCCAGCGUGGAUGAAGCCCGGCCUGGCCCCAGGGAAGCCAAGGACACAGCCUGGUUCUGAGGGCUCGGCUCUGGAAGGUGGAUGCCACCCCCUGCCCUUCGGGCACCAUCACUGCCCUUUGGCUAAAGGCUCAUGCCCAUGGGCAGGCAUGGAGUGUGUCCGACCCCACCCUGUGUCGGAUGCUUCUGGAGAGAGCUUUGUGACUCAGUUGAAAACUUUCCUACUCUUUUAAAGUUUGCAGUUUCAUCUGCCUUUCUUCGAAGGUUUCUUAGUGAUUCAAUCUUGGGUUAAGCCACAUGCGGCCUCUGAGGAGAUGAAGCACUAACCCUUUUGUCUGCAUGUGUAUGUGAAUUCUUGCUUGCAGCGAAUGACCCUUGAAUAUCCCCUCCCAGUUUCAUGUGUGUGUGGCCCAAGCUCACCUUUUCUUGUUGACUCGCAUGUGCUGUUUGGGAAGAAACCCACGUGUUUAAGAGGCGGACCAAGUUCCUAAUCUCGGGCUGUACAAGAUGUUCUGUGGGUCGUUCUUAGAAUCUGUCCUAACGGAUGAAUAAAGUGUGGAGACAACGUGCGGCCCCUGUAGUGAUUCUGGGAGGCCGUGACGACUGAAGUGGGUCCCGUUGUGCCAUCCAUGUUCAAAACAAAGCAACCAUGAAGUCUUUGUGCCAGUGCCAGAUUUUCAUUUUCUCCACCUCUGGUUUACAGGAAAAUAUGACGUUACACAGGUAGCAAAAGGUGAAAACACCUUCUAGGCUGCUGCCGAUUGACUGUCUCAAGUGAAAUAAAAAGUUGCUUCCUGCUCCAGCGACUGCCAUUAGCGUGUGAGGUCUCCAGACAGUUUUCUGGCUCCUAGUGAAGUUCGCAGAACUCAGGGGCUCCCUCUUAUUUCAUCAGCAACCAUUCCCAGGACCAGCUAGGUGACAGCCGGGGAAGUGGGAGCAGGGGCGGGUCUGGGAGGGGAGAGGGAGGAGGGGGAGGCUCAGAAUGUCUGCCGUGGGCCUGUCAAGAGCACUGGACGUGGUUACCCACCCAGGAUGCUUCCUGCCCUCUUUGGAAAAGCGAGGUCUUGUGUCUGGAGCCCACCGGAGAGCAGGAGCCAGCGUGGGGAACAGCGUGCCUUGGCGCUGGGCUCUUGGUGUGAGUUUGGGGACUCACAGGUCUGGACAGGUGACUCGGAUUCUGAUUUGGGUGCCCCUCAGAGAGGACGCAGGCCUGACACCGCCUGCCGUGGCUUUGUAAACGCUCCUGGCUCUUUAUGAAAUCUCCUGUUUCUUCUCUUCUCAGCAGAUAUCUCUGAAAUCAUAACUGUCGGUUGAGAAGGUCAUUUGAAAUAUCUGGCUCUUUACAUUUCUUUUAUUUAGAAACUGUCUCUGAAAGAAAAUACCCUCGAUAUCUGUUAGAUCUAGAAGAAUUUUCUUCUCAAAGUUGAAUGUUUGUUUAACUUUUCUUCACACCAGUAAAUGGCAUUUAUAUACUUUUAGGCUUGACACAGAGGGGUGGGUUCUGAUAUAGUUUCCCUUCGUUUGGUCUAGAUUCUUUUUCCAUUUGGAUAUAAUUUCUCAACCUUGGGGAUUUAUUUUUUCCUUUCUAGUUUUGAUUAUUCUAUAAACAUAAAAGUAAAGAAAAAAAAUUACCCGUAAGUCCGCUGAGUAAAUCAGUGGCAACUUGCCUAGAAUAAAGUUCAGUUUAUGGAUCCUUGAAUCGUCUCUCUUUUUCACAGGGUUAGUCUGUUGUCUAGUUUUUAUGCCAAGACUUUAAUUUGGGUGACUUGCUAUCUAGACACCCUGGAGUGUUGUGUUUUCUUUGGGAUGCAUUCUACACAAGGCCGAGAGCCUUCAUUAAGGGGUUAAUAGCCUGGACUCUAGUGAGCUACAUCAGAACUUUCAUGGUUCUAAUUUAGAGUAGGAACUUGUCUCAAAUGACCUUAAUCAGCUUUGUUGGUGGGAUUAGGGAGAGGCCCAAAGUUUCUUUUCAUAACUGCACCUCAGAGGAGAGAACGCGUGACACAAUUGAUCUGACAGUGGUUUGUACGGGUUUCAGUAGUAGCCUGGAACUAUCCAAUCUGAGUCGUCUUUGGAGGACACUGCUGAAACCCGGUAGGAAGCACCCCUUUUAUCAGGAAAGCCACCUGAAGGGACGGUCAGGAAACGAGGACAGCAUGGGGGCCUGGUGUCCACGCAGGCAGGGCCGGGUCUGUCUGCUUCCCUUCGUGGGCCGUUUUGCUUUCCUGCAUGUUCCAGAAUGGUUUUGCAAAUUUCAACUCUGUUCUCCUUUCUGCAGAUGUGAGGAAGGCAGAUACUCAGUGCUUGGAGGGAGAACUGGCUGGUCCAAGGGUUCCUGGGGGAGCGGGAGGGCAGGAUGCCUGUGCCGCCUCCCGGGACUGGCCCAGGCCGCUAAGGCCUCUCGCCUGCUUCCAACUGUCACUCCGUAACCCGUUUAAAACCGAGUUUUCAAAUCCUGCCUCAUGAUGAAACUGACGUAUGUGGAUAAAACCAGUGCUUUUCAUAACUUGAUUCUGAUGUAGUUUCCUCUAAAAGAAUGCUAGGGGUCGAAACUAUUUGUAUAUGUUGAAAUUUGUAGGGGUUCAGGAACCCGUGGCAAAAACACUUAACUAUUUAUUACAGGUAUGACUGUAUUUUUUCUUUUCCCAAAGUAGGUAAUUAUGUCUUGUGUAUUUUAAGACAAAUAAUAAUCACUUCACCUUUGGUGCCUUCCGUGUGUCAGUCACAUGAACACUCUUGUCAAUCAUGGAAUUGAAGAAAAAAAAGAUGUACAUUUAGUUAAACAAGAUAACACUAUUUUUGUAGCAUGAUUUUAGAUUUUGUCCUUUUAAUAUUGCUUCCAGCAAUGUUGGUUUUGAGGUUUGGUCGUUUUCCCUUUAAACUUCAUUAUAUAUCUUAAAAAAGAAGAAAAAAAAAACCCCAACCCCCCGGCUUUUCCUGUCUUGUUUUCUGCUGCUUUCUCCCCAACAUCUCGUUUCUGCUUAUUUAAACAGUCUGAGAGUAAGAAUAUAUUUCUGUGAAAUAGUUAUUAAUCAGUAUAACUGCAUUUGGCAUUUUUUAACCCCUUUUUCAGUUUGAACAGCCACUGCUCAUCUCAAACAGUAAGAGGAAAGUGGUUCCAUAAAAAAAGAACAGAACAUUCUCGGUGCUCUGACUUCCCCUUCUUUGGGUCUAAAACGGUGAAAAAAGCCCUUUCUCUGGCUGGUGUCUGUCUUCCGGAUCAGCUCAGGCCGCCGUCCUCCGCCUUGGCCAGCCUCCCUCUGCCCGCGUGAGACGUGCUGGGGGGCGGGGGGGGGGGAAUCUCUGCUGGUCUCGGGCUCACCUUCCACUCGGAUCUCAGAUUGGUUUGUGGAUGCCCUGGGUAGGUUCCGUGGCCCUUCCUGGUUUCCCGCCCAAACGUAAUAGAUCCCCUGCUGUGACAAGCUUGAUGAAAUUAAGACACAGAGGACGUGCCGGCUGCUCUUUUUGCUUUCCCACCCCUGCAGGACUGAGUUAUGUCUGGUCAAGAAAAGUCUUGAGUAAACUCGCUGAGCCCAUUUAAAAUGAAGGAAUGGAUUUAUUAAAACAUACAACUGUAGCUUUUGUGUGUGUGUGUGCGUCGCUUUGAAGGGUCGGAAUGUGUCAUUUUCUAACAAAGGAAGUCGAGUCAGAUGGCUGAUAAUUCCCAUGUGAUUACUCGGUACUUGGCCCAGUGAUACUUGGGAGAGGGGCAAUGUUAAUUUAACAACUACUACACUUUGCUUCUUAAAAGUCUAUUUCCUUUAACAGUGUAGACACAGCUGCGGGGCGACCUGAGGUGACGCCUGGUUGGCAAACUUUGGUUUACGCUGUUGGUAGGUCAGAGCUCCCAUCCUGGCUUUUGAAGCUGGUGUGGAUGCCCUGGGGUGGGCACCACCCGGCUCCCACAGGCUCCCACGUUUGACUCUAUUCAUUUGGAGUGGUUUGGGGGCCCCAAAGCCUUUGUUCCUGUUGGUUUGUCCCUGACAGCAGACAAAGCCUCGUGCUGCCCUCAGUUUUCCCUCUUUAUUUCUUUUGAAGGACCAAUUUUUCAUGGUACUUGUCCUGAUUGUUUUCAUAGUGUUCAAAUCUGUAUUUUUGUAUGUAGAGGGAAAUAAUUUUCUCAACACUAAUCGCUAAUAAAUACUGUAUUAAAUUGUCAUGAAGGAGUUCUUGUUUAAUAAACGGACAUGUAAAAA